GAGUUCCUGUUUAUUAAAAAAGAAACAAGAAGUUGAGAUUUGUACAUCACAAGGCUGGUUCCCUUUUCUCGUGAAGUAUAAAACAAGCAAACUGAUUUAAUCAACUUCUCAUACGAGAGCAUUGCUUUUCAAUACAUCCAAAAUAAGGCUGGACAUUACAGAGGUUUGUUUUUUUAUUUCAAUGCUAUGAGAAUGCAUUUCCACGUGCAAGGCUUGGCAGUGUUUGGCAGAAUGUGGAUCGGUGUCAUUUGUUGGUUUGCCUUGAGACACCACCCAGAAGUGACAGCUGAAGUGGCGUGGGAAGUGAAUUAUGGACCGAAGGUCGUGACCUUCCCUGGAAGCACCGUGAUUCUUCCCUGUUCCUUCACGUUCCCCGAGAGUGAUGGAUCUAAAGUGACGCUGGCUGUUUGGAAGAAAGACUACGCGCAUUCAGGAACUAACGUGUACAGCCUAACAUCUCCAGUGGCUUGGUAUAAGGACCGGAUGUCUCUGGCUGGAGACCUGAAGGAAAAAAACUGUUCCCUUAAGAUUAUCGACGUACAACGUUCUGAUGCUUCAACUUAUUUCUUUCGGUUUAAGGUGACGAAUGGCUUCACUGGAGCGGAAGGAAUUACGCUGGAAGUAAAAUAUCCAUAUGAACCCAGAGGCAUCAAAGUAAAGUUUGACCCCGACAAAGUGACAGAGGGCAUGAAUGUGACUGUGACGUGUGAAAAUGACAGCUGGCCCCCGGCUCACAACGUCACGUGGUUCAGAGAAAUGCGUAAUGGUCUCAGAGAGUCACUGGCCACAUUCGGAGAAAGAAUAACAAUACCACAAGUACAGGUGGAAGAUUCCGGCUGGUACUAUUGCAUAGCAACGAACACCAAAGGAAGUGGUAGUUCAUAUAAACAUCUACAAGUGUUGUGUGGAGGCGGCGUUUACUCCUCAGUGACGUAUGGGGCCAAGGUGGUGCACGUGACGAAGGGUGCGCAGGCCAUGCUCCCGUGCUCAUUUUGCAUUCAAACGAUCACUAAAUCGUCACACGUGGAAGGCUUCUGGCUCCUCAACAAUGCGAGAUCUUUUACAGACUUUGUCUACCGCGUCAGUGCCAAAUCCACAGCAAUAAUGGACUAUCAAGGCCGGGUGUCUCUACCUGGCGACCUGACAGCACGCAACUGUUCCCUACUCAUUGAAGACAUCAGAAUAUCGGACGAGAGAACUUAUUAUUUUUACCUGGAAGUAGAUGGUACAAGAAUUAUUGCAAAAAUGGGAAUUGAUCUGAAGGUUACUGCGGUACCAGGCAGCGUGCUAGCACAGCAAGAUGUGCCGGCGCUGGAGAUUGGACAGCCGGCCUCCCUGAGCUGCAGUGUAGCGAACGUGUACCCCAGGGGCUCGAUAAACAUCACCUGGUGCGAGGAUUUCAUCACCGGAGGAGUGAUCACGAAGACUGAAACGGCGCUUCCAGAUGGAACGUUCAACAUCACAAGCAGGCUUAACUUCACGCCAUCAGCAGACCAUGAUGGAAAGAAGUGUCCUUGCUCUGUCCGGGGUGUGAACCUCCCAUCAAUGCUCCAGGAAACUAUCACACUCCAUUGCGAAGAGAAAGAUCACUUGGAUAUGGUCAUGCUGGUGGCUGUCGGUGUCGUUGCAUUGGGCGUGCUGUUUAUUUUGCUUAUCAUACUGCUCAUUCUGCGACGACGGAGAAGGGCAAAGCAAAGCCGACCUCGCGAGUGCCUGCAUCCAGAACUGAUGUCAUCGGCGCAACCUCCAUCCGUCAACGACUGCAGCCCGGAUGCAAACCCACGAGACGUGGUUCAGAGGGCGAGAGACACGGGGUACGAUAAGCCCACCAGGGUGUCUGCAGACGAGGCUGUGUACAGCAACGUGGAAAAGAAGCCUCGAAAAGCCAACAAAGGGGCUUCCAGUGCCCAAGGGCUGCACCGUGCGGGCCCAGCAGCCGACGGUGCAACAUUAUCAGAUACAGCCCCCAGCACUCUACCACAGAAACAGCCCAGGACCUUGGAAAACGAGAACUCGGUAACCUACAGCAAAGUCAGCUUCAUGCGCAAGGGGCCAAGAGUUGUGUUGGAGCACCCUCGGCAGGAAGAUCAAGUGGAGGAGGCACGCUGUGGUCAGGCAGACGGUCAGACCACCCAUCCUGAGCAAGCAUCCAGGCCCUCAGGAGACGAAGACGGACCUGGCGCCGGCUACGGCAGGGAUGGGGAUGAACACGCCGGUCUUGGCGACGAAUGUGCCGGUGUUAGCGACGAUGAUAACGGAGGCGAUAUUGUUUACGCCACGUUGUCAUUUGGCAACGCUCCGGGGAAAGACUGAACACGGCUCGAAAUGUUAAAACAUUUUUUUUUUGCAAAAAGCGCCCAUUUAUUAUAGAGCUUAUUGACAGCAACUUUUUCACAUCGCUUUUACAUUCCGUGUUGAAAGAUAAAAAAAAAACACAUUGCCUAAGUUAAAAUUGCACUUCAAGGUAGAUGUUCCUAAUGCUCAAGUCAUUUCUUUCUGUAAAGUCACGUAGAUCGAAAAAAUAUAUAUUACGAUGUUCACAUCACCUGAAGACGGUCGCUUGUGGUUGCGAUCGAAACGUCGUGAUCUAUUGUUUUAUAGCCACGUGACUUUACCGAAAGAACCAAAGAGUAAGGAAUCCAAGCAGUCACGACAGCUUCAAAUCAACAAUAAUUACAGUCGAAAUUUUCUUGUGGGAGGCAUUGGCCACGCGACUCCAUUAAUCCGCAAUUUUUAUUCGGGGGCUGCAGGAGCAACUCGGACUGACUUGCUGCGACUCCAAUCUGUAAAAAAACAAAAAGUGGAUUGUUGAAGUUUCUCCAUGUUUAUUAUAUUAAAGCCGAAUUGACCAAUUCUGCUAUGUGGAUCUGUAGUUAAAGAUUUUUGCAUGUUCAGGCUUAAUAUCCAAGUCAAAAUAAUGCAGAAAUGCUUAACUACUCCACAGAUAACGUAAGCACAUUUUUUUCUGUGCCAGAUACACCUUUUUACAUGUACUAUGCCUCCGUUUGCCUUUGUAUAUCUGUUUUUGAUUGGUUUGUCUCUCUGCACCGCUAUUCUUCUCUGUUUGAUUUUCCGAACGUUUCCCGCCUCUCCUCCUGUCGCCGGAUCUACGUGUGUGUCUUUUUUAAAUCUCUAUUUGUCUCCGUAUCUCAAUCUUCGUUACAGCUCCAUUUGACUCUUGUCUCCAUCUGCCCCUCGUGUAUGUCUGUGUCUCCCUGCAUCUCCGCGUAAAUAAUGACAAAUCUUCAGGGGGCAAAACCCCUCGGAUAUGUAUUACUGCCGCUCCUGCAAUAUUAUGAGCUUUUGUUGUGAAGCAUGGAAGGUGCCCUACAUUUUAGGAUUCACAGAUAAUUGGAGUGUGGAUUUGUGGAGAUCUACCUGUGUACCGGCAAUAACCCAUCAUGAUAGACAUUGUGGUCCGAAUAUUCAAAUGAGCAUGGGCAGUGCCUCGUCUACAAUGGCAGUCCUGAACUUGGGGUUAUAAUUGCGCGUUCCCGUGCCAGCGACAAAGCUAUCGAAACGAUUGUACACUUCCUACAACGCUAAUUUUAUCGGCACCCUCGAGUACGAUGGACUGAGUCGACCACCCUUGAGAAUUUAACCCAUGACCUGAGUACACUUUUAGCAUUCUGCCAUAGGACCACCUGUAUAUUAAUGACCGGUAAAUUGUAUCCAACUAAUAGGAUUGUAUAUAGCUUGCUUUACACAUUCCCAUUGAAAUGGAGUCGAUAUUUUUUUUUGUUUAUCAGUUUCUGUAACUUGAGAUAUAUCAGGUAAAACUAACAUGCCAUUUUAUGCAGCUGUUAACGUGUAGAUUCUGGUCUGUAUUUACUUAUAAAGUAGAAUUACGACUCUUUGUGCUCAUUUAGCCGGGCCAGGUUGUGGAUAGAGCUAUGAACAUCACUCUGGAAGAGUGGAGAAAUAUGUUUGGAGUGUGUGUAAACGGCUAGUCGAGGUCGGAAGUGCUGUCCAAGCGUUAAGUAAUAUUGGGGGAAGACUAGAAAUGCCAGAUGAUGGGAUACUGUCAGGGCAGAUGUUGCAGGUUGCAUGUGUACUGUGCAGUAGCUGUGGGAUCUGUGCAGAGGAUAAAAAAAUGGCAUUGGGGAGGUGUGGUGGCAUCAACAACUUGACUACGAUGGCAUCUUCAUGUUGAGCUCCGUAUUAGUGUGCACAGUAUUGAGUCUCGACUGAAAAACAUUGUUAUCUGUAUAUCGACGCAGUGGCUACUGAUACCACUGGAAUAUACAUUUCAUGAUAUUUUUUUCAAUUUGAUGUUUGUGUUUGAGUAUUACUAACCAGUAUGUAGUGUAGUACAGUACUUUUUUGUGCUAAUUUAUAUGCAAAUUUCAAUUGUGUUUUCUAAAGAAGGCCCGCCACUGCCUGAGACAUCACUUAUUAUAUAUUUAUUUUUUUGUACAUUGUUACUGACUAAUGCGUUUGCGGUUUUUUUUUUAUAUUUGCGCUUAUGCACCACUGCCGACGCACAAUCACACAGAGAAAAAAAAAGUUAAAUUGUGCAGAUUAAGUUGCGUACAAAGAUAUGUUUAAAACCCAUAACAUGGAACUAAGAUCGAAAACUAUAUUCCUUAGAAAAUAGAAAACAGAAUUCUACUUUUACAUUUUUUUUUACAUGUCCAGGUUCUUUGUUAAAUUAAUGUUAGUUUCCAUCCGCAAUUUAAAAAAAAAUAUUUGGCAAGGAAUACUUAUUUUUUUACAACGCUGCAUGCACGUCCAGGACACCGUUGUUGCCAAAGUGGUCAGCAGCUUCUUGGCAUGAUGUCAAUUCGAAAUUAAGGAACCUGGCAUUUUGUAGCAUGAAAACAUACAGUAAGUGCUUACCGUUACGAACACGGAGCUAUAGUCCACAUGAACAAAUUCAUUCAUUCACACACAUCUGUUGUAAACCUCGGUGUCAACAUGUUUGAACAAGAACCAAAAUCAAAUGAAAGAAGGGAAAACGUUUGGCCACUAGGGGACGCUGUUCCAUAUUAUUUGGCCUUCAAAAUGCCACUUUUUUUAAAGGAAAACCGAUUAAAACCGGUUUAUCUACUAUUUUAAAUAAAUAAACCAUGGUUUUACGUGAAACUGUUGGGGAAACAACAAUAUAUCCGGAUUUGCAGUAACUCACGUUUACGGAAAAAACUUUGCCUAAGAAAUAUAUCCAAAGGUUUUCAUUUUAAAAAAAACUGUCUGAAAAAAAUGCAGAGGGGGCAUUCCGAGAACAACAGCCGUUUAGUGUCGUGCCAAAACCAAGCAAACUUGAACCGAAAAAAAUUAGCACAUUCUCCGGAUUUAUUAGACGUUUCGGGAAGUGGAACGCAACCCCCACAAAAGCUUGUGUCUGGUGUAAAUAAAUUAGUUUUUUUUUCAAUCUAA